UUUGGGCUGGCCAUGGGCUCGGCCCCGGCGGGUGCGGUGCGGGCACGCUAUCUCGUGUAUUUCCAAUACGUAGGCACUGCCUUCAAUGGGGUCGUGGCUGUCAAGGGCGCUCAACCCGCUAUCGGGGUCCAGAACUUCCUGGAGGAGGCCGCCAAGGGGCUGAAUUCCGUGGAGCCAAUCAAAUUGACCAUCUCCAGCCGCACAGAUGCUGGCGUCCAUGCUCUGAGCAACUCCGCGCAUCUGGAUGUGCAGCGUCGCCCCGGUCGGCCACCCUUCUCUCCUGAGAUCCUAACUAAAGCCCUCAACACCCACCUCAGACACCCGGCCAUCAGGGUGGUACAGGCCUUCAGGGUGCCCAGUAACUUCCAUGCCCGAUAUACAGCCACAUCAAGGACCUACCUGUACCGCCUGGCCACUGGCUGCCCUCAGCUAGACCAGUUCUCCGUAUUUGAGCGAAACCUGUGCUGGGCACUUCGGGCUGACAGCCUGGAUGUGGCCGCCAUGCAGGAGGCUGCCCAACACCUUGUGGGUACACAUGACUUCAGUGCCUUCCAGUCAGCCGGCAGCCCAGCCCGGACUUCAGUGCGCACUCUGCGGCGGGCCAGUGUGUCCCCUGGGUUAUCCAGCCCCUUUGUCAGUCUCCAGGACAGGGGGCUGCGCUUCUGGAACCUGGAGUUCGAGAGUCAGUCGUUCCUGUAUCGGCAGCAGGUACGGAGGAUGACAGCAGUGUUGGUGGCUGUGGGGCUGGGAGUGCUCACCCCUGCCCAGGUGAAGGCCAUCCUUGAGAGUCGAGACCCCCUGGGCAAGCACCAAACCCGUGUGGCCCCAGCACAAGGCCUGUUCCUGGUGGCCGUGCGCUACCCAGGCCUCGGGAACCAUGCCGAUGGGACUCUGGACUGUGGCCAGCAGGAAGGUUCAGGAGUAUGGGACGAGGAAGCCCUGGGCCAAUGGAAGGACCUGAAGGAUGAAGGUUCCGGGUGAUGGCUCUGGAUGUAAGCCUGGUUACUGCCACACUACUGAUGGCGGGAACAGCAAGCCCCUUUCUUGCAUGUACAGCGUGUGUCCAGGGCCCAUCUCCUGGCAACCUGGCCUCUGUCUGCUGGCUGACGGGGCCGACCCAGCAACCCUGAUGUUCAUCUGGGGUCAGGGCAGCCUGGUGUGCUGGCCCAGCUCUGAAGGGCACUAGUUUCCUGCCUGCCUGGCCUCCUGACUUCUGCCGUGCCCAUGUAGGGUGCCCUUUGUCUCCCUACACCUCCUUGGGGCCCAGUGCCCACAACCUCCUGUCACCACCCAAGGUGAUGAAGAGCAUCAGGAAGGGGUCCUCUCGAGGCCAUGACCCCGAGACCUGUGUUUACUGGAAAGUGCGGAGACCUGUGCACCCUCCCCCCCACCCCAGACCCAGAGACAAAUAAAGACCACAAGGAAGCAGAGCCCAGCUGUUUAUUUAGCCAGAAAUGCCCUCAGCAAGAGCGCCCACAUCACGGGCUUGUCCCUGAGUCCCAGGAGGUGUCUGGCCCCACUUGGGCUCUGCUCACCCAGGGGGAUGCAACAGGCUGACCCCAGGCGUGGGCACUAUCCCGGGCGGGGCCCUCUGGCACAUGGACGUGGAGGUUAAGAAGGCAAGGCUGAGGGGUCUCAGCUGGGGGCCUGGGGAAGCCCCUUCUUCAGCAGGGAUGUCAGGUAGCUUCCCAGCUCCUCAUCCUGCAGGGAGGCAAGGGGAUGACUGCAAGCGAGCCCCGCCUUCCCACCGCCACCCACAGAGCCUGAGACUUGGCGGCCUCCUACCUGGUAGGUCCAGGAGACCAGCAGCACCUUGGUGCCGGGGUCCUCGGAGUGGGCGGCGGCCUGGAUGAGGAUGGACUCCACGGUCACGGAGCCGUCGGGCAGGUGCUGCACACAGCGGUCCUUCAGGAUGCUGCGAG